AUGCCUCUCACCGCACUCCGUCCCGGCGUCUAUGCGCCAACAAUGACCUUCUUCGAUGCCCAAACCGAAGAGCUCGACGUCGCCUCUAUCCGUCGCCACGCUGUACGCCUAGCCAAGGCCGGCCUCGUCGGUCUUGUCACUAUGGGCUCAAACGGCGAAGCCGUGCAUCUCACCCGUGAAGAGCGUAAGACCGUCACUCGCGAGACCCGUUCCGCCCUCGACGAGGCCGGCUUCUCCGAUGUGCCUGUUAUUGCCGGGGCCAGUGAAAAUAGCAUCCGCGGAACCAUUGAUCUGUGCAAGGAGGUCGCGGCUUCCGGCGGCGAGUACGCCCUGAUCGUGCCUCCCAGCUACUACCGCGCUGCCAUGGGCAACGACGAAACCCUGUACGAGUACUUCACUGCUGUUGCCGACGGCUCGCCCAUCCCUCUUAUCCUGUACAACUACCCCGGCGCGGUCGCCGGCAUCGACAUGGACUCCGACCUUAUCAUCCGCAUCUCCGAACACCCCAAUAUCGUUGGCACCAAGUUCACCUGUGCCAACACUGGCAAGCUGACUCGUGUCGCUAACGCUCUCGGCGCUAUUACUCCUUCUUCUCCAUUGGCGCCGGCCCAGCGCACCGCCACUGUCUCCAAGCCUAACGCUAAGCACCCAUACGUUGCUUUCGGCGGUAUCGCCGACUUCACUCUUCAGACCCUCGUCUCCGGUGGCUCUGCCAUUCUUGCCGGUGGCGCGAACGUUCUCCCCCGUCUUUGUGUGCGCAUUUUCACGCUUUGGUCUGAGGGUCGUCUAACAGAGGCUAUGGAGGCACAGCAGCAGCUGAGUGCUGCCGAUUGGGUUCUCACUAAGGCUGCUAUUCCUGGUACUAAGGGCGCUAUCCAGUCCUAUUACGGCUACGGCGGGUUCCCUCGCCGCCCUCUGGCUCGUCUCACUGAGGCCCAAUAUCAGACCGUUGCGGAUAAGAUUAAGUCUGCGAUGGAUGUGGAGUUGACUUUGCCUGACGUGGCAUAA